CGUUGUAAAUGCCUCACUAAACCCCGCUGGGCCGAAGUCAGGAGUAGUGGUUGACUAGUUAAGCGCACCUUCACGGUUAGUCAUUAGAGAAACACUUUGAUGUCGAUCAAAUGAGACAUUUGUGGGCUGAUAUGGGACACGCCCUCCACAGAUAACAGAGCACGCUACCUGGAGGAAUGUUAAGACAAGUUGGUCUGUCAAAAGAGGAGCCACACUUCAACGGGGAGUCUCCUGCGAGUCCCGGACGCGAAUGAGAAGAGAGGACGCCCGGACAUCCUUAGGUUAGGUUAGGGGGAGGGGGGGCAGUCUGUAAAAACGGACGCCAGGUGAAACGGAACUGUUUUCGUGGAGGGUAAUCUAUUGCGUAAAGGAGUGCGAUUUAUUAUUAUUAUUAUUAUUAUUUUAUAGUUCUAGAGACAAGGCAAUACGUUUGGUUUCAACAGACUACAAACACAAGUGUUCAAAAAGGGAGGGAGACUAGUUAAAGACGUCACACUCCUAAAGGCACGAGGCGCACUUGUUCCGUUUCCGAUUCGGUGAACAUGACCUCCUCGCGGGACAGCGGGUACUGGUUGCCGUGGAGACCCAUCGUCCUGCUGCUGUGCCUAAGUGCGGUGGGGACGCGCGGCGCUGAGGACGAGACUUUCAACGCCGAGUCAUGGCUGAGGAUGUAUGGCUAUCUUCCCCAAGCUAGCAGGCAAAUGUCAACCAUGCGCUCUGCCCAGAUCUUGUUGGGGGCCAUCAGCGACAUGCAGAGAUUUUAUGGUCUAGAGGUAACUGGACAGAUGGAUCAGCAAACCAUCAGUGCAAUGAAGCGACCCCGCUGUGGUGUUCCUGACAAGUUUGGAGGCCAGAUUAAAACCAAUGUGCGGCGGAAACGCUAUGCCCUCACAGGACACAAAUGGAACAAGAGCCAUCUCACCUACAGCAUCCAGAACUACACUCCAAAGAUUGGAGAAUACAACUCCUACGAGGCCAUUCGGCGGGCCUUUAAAGUCUGGGAGAAGGUCACGCCAUUGACCUUUGAUGAAAUCCCCUACCAGGAGAUCAAGUACGGCCGCCGCAAGGAGCCUGAUAUCAUGAUCUUCUUCGCUUCAGGUUUUCACGACGACAGCUCUCCGUUUGAUGGGGAGGGGGGCUUCCUGGCUCACGCCUAUUUUCCAGGUCCCGGAAUGGGAGGGGACACUCAUUUCGACUCUGACGAACCAUGGACCAUUGGCAACCAAAACAUGCAAGGUAAUGACCUCUUCUUGGUAGCAGUCCAUGAGCUGGGCCAUGCCCUGGGGCUAGAACAUUCCAACAACCCUUUGGCCAUCAUGGCUCCUUUCUACCAGUGGAUGGAAACAGAAGAUUUCCAACUGCCGGAAGAUGACAGGCGGGGCAUACAACAGAUUUAUGGUCAGCCAGACAGCGGCCCCACCCAGGCCCUGCCCACAGCAAUUCCCCGUCGACCAGAGCCUCGACCGCCACAGGUUCCACCUCGCAGUCCCGACCGGCCCAGAACCACUGAUAGACCAGACCACUAUGGACCCAACAUCUGUGAAGGAAACUUCGACACAGUUACCAUGCUCCGAGGAGAGAUGUUUGUCUUUAAGGGUCGUUGGUUCUGGCGGGUGCGACGGAACAGAGUUCUUGAUAACUACCCCAUGCCCAUUGGUCACUUCUGGAGGGGCCUACCAGGUGACAUAGAUGCAGCCUAUGAGAGGCACGACGGCAAAUUUGUCUUCUUUAAAGGGAACAGAUAUUGGCUUUUCCGGGAGGCAAAUCUGGAACCCGGCUACCCCCUGGAACUGGUCGACUAUGGCCGGGAUAUUCCCUAUGAUCGCAUAGACACAGCCAUCUGGUGGGAGCCCUCUGGCUACACCUAUUUCUUCCAAGGAGACUGGUACUGGCGUUUUGAUGAGCAGUCCCGUGCGGCAGACAGGGACUACCCUAAACAAAUCAGCGUGUGGGGCUCUUCAGUGCCUUCUGCCCCCAAGGGGGCCUUCCUCAGCGAUGACGGAGCUUAUACUUACUUUUACAAGGGCUCCAGGUACUGGAAGUUUGACAACCAUCGUAUGAAGAGUGAGCCAGGCUACCCCAAGUCCAUCCUGAGGGACUUCAUGGGCUGCAGUGUGGACUUGGAUCCAGACAGAGACCGAGACACUGACACCGACACAGGCCGCAAGUUCCCAGACAUCAGCAGACCACCCUUCAACCCUGACGCAGGCCGCGACAAGGACAAGGGCAAGGAUCGAGAUGGAAAGGACCGCAGUGGAACUGACAAAGAAGCUGGUAAAGAUGGUGAUGGUGGUGGCAGUGACAAUGGAGAAGACAAGCGUGAGGGCCGUGAAGAGGAAACCAAUGAGGUGGAUGUGGUGCUGAAAGUGGACGACAGUGAGGAGCGGACCAUGAACAUCCUAAUGGUGACCAUUCCACUCUUCCUGGUGCUGUGCAUCCUGGGAUUGAUCUACGCCAUCAUCAACACGCUGCAGAGGAAAGGGGCACCGCGGCUGCUGGUGCACUGCAAGCGUUCGCUGCAGGACUGGGUCUAACUGUGACUUUACAGACGCUGAACUUAGAAACUUAGAUGAACCUUAGAUGACCCUUACCCCCUUCCUCUCAUUACCCACCUGUUUUGAGUCUCUGUGCUCAAAACCCUCAACUUUAACUCAUAGAAUAUGUGGUAGUAGUUGCAUACAUGCAAAUACUGUAAUAACAUAGAUAACAUGCACACACAUAAAACAGAAUACACAAACACACUUACACAUAAUGGCAUACACUCAUGCAGGCUCUUAGAGGCAGUCAUAUUUCUGUAUGUACAUAUAUGGUGACAUACACACAAUUAUACACAUACAUAAGUAUACACACACACACACACACACACACACACACACACACGCACGCAGCAGCCUAACCUCCUCCCCUCCCCCAUGGUGCUCUACAAUGCGUUGACUGUAGUCUAUUUAUAUGAGAGAAGUUUGCACAUUGUUUUCUUUUUGUUUUUGUUAAGGUUCAUAUUGUGUGACUUAGUUGUUGUUUAUGUUAUUAUUAUUAUUAUUAUAAUAUUAGAGACCAGGGAGGUCAUUCUGUUCACUCCCUCUUCUCUCUGUUGCCUCUGUACCAUCCCUCCCCACAUUCACAGCAGGGGCUUUUUUUCCAGUUAGAUAUAUGACUAUUGCUAAUAUUGUCAGGGUUGCAACAAAAGAAAAUGUACAGAGUGAACAAAACAGAAAAGACAAACUGCCAGUCUCCCCCCAUUUUCUCAGGAUGGAAAUGCAGCCCUUUGCAGUAGAGUAUGUCAUGGUUGGGAUGUGAGAUGGUGCUAAAUUGGGUUUGUACACAGCGGCCAUUUCUCAUCUGUGACCCCAGUAGUGGAGGGAUGGUAUUUAUAAAUUGAACCAAGAAAGGCGGCUCGAAACCUUCCCACUUUAUGAUGCCUUGAGCCAGAACAUAACCCACUGAUGCUGGUUAAAACUGUGGAUUGUUAGAGUUGAGUUUAACACUCGUUUAACACUUAAACACUGCUCUGCUUUUAAAUUCAGAAACUAGUCUUUCUCUGUUUUCCUCCAUCCUGUACACAUGCCUAUACAAUUGAACAAUAGGGGGACCCUCCUUGUUUCCUCUCUUUUCCUUUCAUUCAAAGAACUUCCUGGGUGACAUGAUCUUCCAAGUAAUACUAUCACUAACAUUUAGUGUAUCCCAACAAAACUAAGCCUCUUAAAGCUAAAACCUUAACUGUAUGCUGUAGAGAAUGAGAAUGCAGAUAGUGUGUGUGAGAGAGAGAGAGACAGAGAUACAAAAUAAAAAUUUCUGAUUUCAAACUAGAUGCUUACCCCAUGUAACACUGCAAUGACUGGGGUGACUAGGUACCAUUCAUUAUAUCAUGUCCUUCUUUGUCAAGAGGCUUUAAAAUGACUUUCUUGAAGAGAAGAAACUUCAGUGUCUUGCUGUAAAGAAUUAAAAAGGCUGCAGAUGUAAGCAGUAGGCCGUGACCACUUCAGAGGGUGGACGGUGGCUCAAGUGAACACGGCCUGAGAUGUCCACCUAAUCCCCUUGAUUAAAAAAAAACAGCAGGUGUGUACAAAUGCUGUUAACCUCUGUGACCCCAUGCUAAGCUGUGCUCCCGGAGCCAAAACAAACCCUCUUUUAUCUC